UCGUGCAUCCUCUUAUAUCUCUGUCACCUCAUGAAUAUGAUUUCGCGAACCAUCUGCUCGGAUACAAUUGCAAGCUGUUCAAUAUACCGCACCAGUGUCAAUGGGAACUAUGCCGCCGAGCUAACCGACGAAGGGCAAGGAUCGCCAGAAUUAUUUUUCAGAUACUCUGAGCGUAUGCCGGGCUAUGCCGGGAUACCCAGAGAGAGCACGAUGGUUGUUCAGGUGAUACCGAAUGAAAUGCCUUGCCAGUAUUGCAAGGAACUGCCAAACUGGAAGAUCAUCGAUCAGCUUCCAUGCAUGGCCCAGACGGGCAUCAUGGGGACCUGAAUAGAUCUCACUGGUCAAUAAGCCUUGCCUUAUCUCAAUUGGGUAGUGCAAGCAUCUUAUCCAUUCGGUGCCGCUUCUUGCUGCUUCUUGGAUGAUGUCGCCGCCGGUAAAGUUCUGCUCUGCCGGAGCUUGUUGCGCCAAAAUUACCACAAUUUAGCCACGCACAUAAAAUGGAGUACGUUCUAAAAUGAUGAAUCGAUGACAUUUAUCGGACUGCCAGGUCUGAAACAAAAAAUGGUUGCAAAUGACUGUCAACGGAACACACAUGAAUGCAUCAGUGAAAUCCAGGUGUACUUGGGGCACUGAUGCUUAUUUUCAUCUGGAGUGUGUCGGUGUCUUCUGGUGAUGAGAAUGCUAUUAGAUAAGUACGAAAAAGGUUUGAAUGCGCCAAAGUACUUGUCCUGCCGCCACCUGAGUGAGAUGAGCCUGAUAGGAACGAGUGUUCCUAUCACGAACUGUGACAUCGGAAGUCGCGGAAGUUACUGUCAAAUAUGAUCUCCUUUUCAUCAAAUUGACGUGAGGAUUUACAGACUGUACAGUCAGUGAUAAAUAGAUUCCGAUAGAGGAUUAAAGUUUACAUCUUCUA